AACCCUUUUCCGUUUCUUCAACUUAAACCACUUGUUUUGUUGGUGCCAAGCUACGGGCUUCUCGACAGGUCUAUUCAAAACGCGGACGCAGUGUCUUCCCGUUCAUUAUAUUGCCAAUCGUCGGUACUCGUGACCUGUCAGUUCACCACGGCGGUCACGCCAGGGAAAAAGCAUCAUGGUCUUCUUUAACCGCACUACAAGAGUGGAGAGCAAUCCAAGUACAGAUGGAGGAAAAAAUUCGUCGUCGUCAGAGAAUCCCUUCUCAGAUAGACAUAACCGGCCUUCACGGUCGUUUAGUCUUAGAUCCCGAGAGUCUACUCAGAAUGAAAAGCCGGGGGGAGCUGGCUUCCAACAGGAAGCUCCUCCUGUACCUGGGCAAACUGCCGGCACCCAUAUUGCGACUGGAACACGCCUACAACCUAACCAACAUGGCAUAGGUCAGGACCAUCUGCCACGGACCAUAUCGCCAACUACGUCCAAUUCCGGCUCACCUAAAGAAGAGCGGGCGGCAAUACUCGAGAGUCUACCUCCUCUGUCGGUUAACGAGACAGCUGCAUCUAUAGCUGCCGAGGCUAUAGAUCCCGAACUAAUAAAGAAGGGUCAAAAGAAGGUUGCCAGACACAAAUAUAUCGCGAUAUCUUUCAUAUUCGUAGUGAAUUUCAUGCUUAUCUUUUCCAGUUGGUAUUGGUCUAGAUUCUAUUACAUAUACCUGCCAUUCAUCUCAUUGCCUCUCGUCUUAAACAGCGUCAUGAUUUUCGAUAUCAUCGUCUGGUCGUUGAAGAACCUGGCCUUCAAACCGAAAAGGGUUAUACCCGAGACUCCGGAGGAAAUGGUUCUACUUAUGCCCUGCUAUAACGAGACUUAUGAAGAAUGCAGUAGGUCGCUCGACUCACUUAUCAAUCAAGUCAAUGUCAGUCAUCACAAGCAAGCGAUCAUGGUUGUUUGCGAUGGCAAGGCUCGAGGGCCUGGCAUGGACAAACCCACGGGCGAUUAUCUUAACGAGGACAUUUUUGUCGACAGAGUCGAGCGGAGGAUGAUCCGCGCGGCAUAUGUCGCCUGGGACGGCCAGUCCAUGGAUGUCGAAAUAUCAAGAGGGAUGUACAAAGGUUUGCCAUUUUUCUGCAUCGUGAAGCAGCAGAACCAGGGCAAACGAGACAGCUUGAUCGUUGCUCGCUCUUUCGUGCACAACUUCAACCUACGCGAUAAGCGACCGAAGGUCAUUUUCUCUCCCGAGUUCUUUAGGGCAAUGACAGACUUUCUAGUUAAAGAUGCGGGAAUCAAACAUGUCGAACUAUUAAUCGGCAUGGAUGCCGACACAGUAUUUGCGCACGAUUGUCUCAGCCAUCUAGUUGAAGAAUGUCAUUAUCCCAAUACCGUCGGCGUCUGCGGCUACGUCUCGGUAGACUUUUCAACCUAUAAGUGGAACUUGUGGUCUAUAUACCAGUCAGCCGAAUAUACUAUCGCUCAAGGCUUACGGCGGCUUCACCAGAGCCUAUGCACCAAGAAAGUCUCUUGUCUUCCGGGAUGCUGUCAGCUACUCCGGGUUUGCGAGGAGACAUGCGGCGACUACAUUCUCAUCGAGGAAUUCGGCUACCAUCCCAAGCCAACAGAUGGCAUUAUCACACGUAUCCGCGCCACGGCGUCUGAGGACCGGAACCAUGUCUGCUUAAUGCUUAUGAAGUUUCAUAAGGCUCGUACACGACAGGCCCUGAGAGCGUACGCUUUUACUGACGUGCCGCAUUCACUCUCGGUCUUCCUCAGCCAGCGGCGCCGCUGGACACUCGGCGCGACAAGCAACGAUCUCAUGUUGGUUACCUCGGCCGAUUAUAAGUUCAACCUAUGGGAGCGCCUUGUCGCACUUUCGAACGUCUUGACAUGGACUCUUAACUUUUUUGUUAUUGCGAGUCUGGCCAGUAUGAUAUUCGCAUUUUUGCACCAACCUUUCUAUAUCAUCAUUAUUUUUGCUUCCAUUAUGAUCAUACCCCUCUGCUACUACCUCAGCUUAGCCGUAUGGCUGUGCCAAAGUUGGAGGGAGCGCGGUCAAUACCUCUUAGGCCUGGCCAUAUUUUCAACCUGCGGUCCUUUUAUCAACGUCUGCGUCACUAUAUACGCAUGUGUCUACAUGGAUAAUUUCGGUUGGGGUAAAACGCGUAAGGUAGUCGACGAGACGGAGACGGGUGAAGCCGAGGAACCAGACUGGCAGACACAACAGGAGCGUUACCAGGAUGCGCUCAAUAACAGCGACAUGAUUUUCGGCACUAUGAUUCCUGACGAAGAGAACCAGCUACAUCCAGAGGUCUACAGGACGCCGUUUACGGUACCUACACCAAGCCGCACGACUCCCUGCAGGGUCGACAGCGAGGCGAUACAGCAAAUACCCGAGGGACUACCUACGGACCCAUCUGCGCGUGGAAUCGAUGGUGAUAUAUUACAACUACCACCACCCACACAUUAUCCUACUCACAAUCAUCCUUCACACAACCCCCCUACACACAAUAUUCCUACGAUAAUCCUUCCUACUGAAAAUCCCUCUACGGGCAAUCCUCACGUCUCUGACACCCACCAAUUUAACUAGUCGGCGUUACGAAUUAUAAGAAAU